AUGGCUCCCUUAGCACGCUGCUGGCGCUUCAUCAGCGGGGUCUCAAUCCCAGUAUCAACAUUCGUCUCUUUCACUUGCAUGCUUAUAUUUAUAUUCAUUCUCUACCAACCCACCCCUGGUCCCGGAAUUCUCCAGCGCUUAGGCUGGCAAUCAUGGGAGUCCGUCUCAACCGCCCCAAGGCCUAAUAUAGGCACAGACUCUACUUCCAACCAACCGAAACCAGCAGAGUCAGCAUCAUCUGGGGGGGUGGAAUGGUGGAAUGUAACGCAGACGGAGGAGACUGUGGAUGGGGCUAGUCUGCCAUUAGAUGGAUGGGCACCAUUGCUACCUCAUGAUACUGGCUUCUCUGAAAUCGCGGUUACCCAUUGCUUCGUCAACCCUAGACUCGCAUCCGUCUGUGAUCCUGCUUCUACCCCGGAGAAGGAUGCCAUGAUGGGCAAGUUCGUCCGGGUAGAUAGAAAUCUGAAUUUCGAUGCAGGCUAUUUUUCUGGGUAUUUGAACAUCUAUUAUCGCCGCACACGCCGACAGGAUGUCAAACUCAUCACAGACAUAAAACUUUUGUCCAAUUCCCAGUCGCCACCUUCGAAAGAUUGGGUCAAGGCCCCCACUUCUUUGCGUUCCGGAGUAUUGGCCGCUCCUGCCCUCCAUCUCUGGUAUAAGCUUGGAAAAACGGCGAGCGAAAUGAGCAAGGCUGAGCGUUCCAACUUGAUCACCGAGUUAGACGUGCUAUAUGGUGAUGACAUUCCAUGGACCCAUGCAGAGCGCCUGGUUGACAAUGAGGCGAGGGGUAAAACGUACGGGUCAUUAUAUCCCCCCUUCUUCAUGCUUAAUGCAGACUUGGCAGUACCUCCCCGCGCUCCGCCGCUCCAUUUUUCGCAUAAUGGACAGUUCAAAGUCGUCCAAGUCGCUGACCUUCACUUUUCCGUCGCGGAAACUCCUUGCAGGGAUACCGCUACUUCUUUCUCUUGCCCAGGCGGUUCUGAUAGUACCACUUCCAAAACCCUUAUAUCUGUGAUGCUUGACAUUGAGAAACCCGAUCUAGUCGUUUUCUCUGGCGAUCAACUGAAUGGGCAAGGAACUUCUUGGGAUUCUAAAUCCGUCCUUGCCAAAUUUUCUCGAGAGGUCGCGUCGAGGGGCAUACCGUGGGCAGUUGUCUUCGGAAAUCACGACGAAGACAGUGGAGCUAUAGCCAAAGAAGAGCAAGUUAAGCUUAUGAAGGCCUUGCCCUACAGCUUGGUUGAGGCAGGUCCCAAAGAUAUUCAUGGAGUGGGCAACUAUGUCCUGAAGGUUCUAAGCGCAGAUCCGAGCAAGAUGCACCUUUUGACGUUAUAUUUCUUGGACUCCGGCAGCUACUCUCGGGGAUUCUAUAACCUCUGGGGAUGGUUCACACCCACCGCAUACGACUGGAUUCGCCAAAGCCAAAUUGAUUGGUUUAUGCAAGAGUCUGCUUCCAUUAAACCCAUUGAACGGCCUUUCAAUCCAGAUCGCACAAAAGAUCUCGGUCAUGUUUGGAGGCGACAACGUGCUGACCAACUAGUUCCACAAAUCGGCAAACUCGCUAAACCUAACGCUCUCAUGUUCUUCCACAUGCCCCUUCCCGAAACGUACAAUAAAGCAGAUACCGGCUCUAAUGGUCGUCCUCUUGACGUUGGGAUUUCGGGCCAAGAAGACAAGGGUAGCGCUACAGACUCAGACGGCUUUUUCACCAAGGGCAUUCUCAAGGCACUGGAAACGGAUAACUCGCGAGACCCUACACCAGAGGUCAAGGUCAUUGGAAAUGGUCACUCGCAUCUGACCGAAAACUGUCGAAGGGUCAACGGUGUCUGGUUCUGCUUCGGUGGAGGUGGCUCCUAUUCUGGGUACGGAAAACUUGGAUUCGAUCGUCGUUUCCGUGUCUACGACAUCUCAGAUUUCGGGGAGACCAUCCGAACAUAUAAACGCACAGAGCAUGAUGGGUUCAAGGAAAUAUUAGAUGACCUGGUAUUAGUAGGGAAGGGUGCGCGGACAUAG